GCUUUAUCUUGUUCCAUUUUCACCCUUGCUUCUUGUAGUUCCUUCUCCAGACAGGUAAUCUUUUCUUCGAAUGCUGUUAUGUACUCGAGGUGCUGCACCUUAUUGAUCACUUCAAGUGAAUUCUUCCUGCUUUCAGACGAGUUGGACUCUCCUUCUAAUACUUUUUUGCACACCUCCUCCCACUUUGCUCUUCCGGACGAUCGCUCAAGCUCAAGCUCCUCUUUGAGAUGCUCCAGCUCCUUUUUCACAGCAGUUGUCUCCUGCAGACCGAAUCGGGCGUUGUCGAGCUCAGAUCGAGCAGCGAACAAUUCUUCCUCCAACCGGUUGAUUCUUUCCUGUGUUUCACCGAAGUCUACUCUUUGACUAGCCAUAUUCGCUUCGUUGUCUGUCAGCUGAACUCGCGCAGCAGCCAACUCCUCCUCCAACUCCUGCGUUAUCCUUUGAGCGACUUCCAGCUCGCUCCUUGUCUUUCGGAGGUCCUCUUCAAUCGCCGCAGACUUUUCCUCCCGAGCGGUCUCUUCAUGUUCUUUCCCUUCCAAUGUUUUGCAAAUCUUUUCAUACAUCUCUCGUAAACCUUCCUUUUCUUCCUCAGUUUUCUUGAGAUUAAGCGUUAAUGUGUCAGCCUUUGUCAUCAGUUCGAAAUUUGUGCAUCGUAUCGCAUCCAAUUCCUCUGCUACCUCGGCGGAUUUCUUCUUGACCAGCUCCAUUUCCUCUCUCAAAGCGUUCAUCUGCGCUGUUUCACUGCGGAGGCGAGCUAUUUCAGCGUCUUGCUCAAUUGCUGAAAAAAGAUACUUUAAAGGCAUCCACCACUCAGAUUCUUAG